CUGCCAGCGGCAAGAAAGCGGUUCCGUCCAGGCAGGAGGACUCAGCUCAGUUUUUCUGAGGAGGAUUUAAGGCAUUCCUGUUUUCCUGCUCUUGUGCUCAGAGCUAAGAGUUUUGGGGAUUUUUUUAUUUUUAUUUUUGUUGUUGCGGGGAGUAAUGGGAGUUUGAAGCGGCACAUGACAGCUCUCCUGCCCUCAGAAUGAGAAGUUUGUAAAAGGACGUGAAUAUCGACGAUACUCUCGGAAAGUAGAUGGAGGAACGAGAAGAUAACUGUUACUGUGCGGGAUGUGGAGGAAAGAUUCAGGACUCGUUUCACAUGAAAGUCCUCCAGGACACCUGGCACAACGACUGCUUUCAAUGUUCUGUGUGCUGUGAUCACCUGACUAACUGGUACUAUGAGAAUGAUGGAAAGCUGUACUGUCGCAAACACUACUGGGAGAAGUUUGGAGAGCUUUGUCACGGCUGCUCUCUGCUCAUGACUGGACCUGCAAUGGUGGCUGGAGAACACAAGUACCACCCUGAGUGUUUUGUUUGCCUCAGCUGCAAGGUGGUGAUUGAGGACAGGGAUACCUACGCUUUAGUGGAAAGGUCCAAACUCUACUGUGGAAAGUGCUACAAGCAGGUGGUCCUUACACCCAUGUUGGAAAAACGCUCACACGACUCGGUUUUGGACUCGCUGCCCCACACGGUGACCCUCAUCUCGAUGCCCUCUGCAGCCAACGGCAAGAGAGGCCUCUCAGUGUCGGUGCUGAGGGACGUCAACGGCUCAGCGAGUGUUCAGGUCAAAGAGGUCAGAGGGAUGCUUAUUAGUCCGGAGGUGCGAAAUGCCAUCCAUGUUGGCGACAGAAUCCUGGAGAUCAAUGGCCUUCCUGUCGGGACAUUGAUGGAGGAGGAGGUGGACGAUCUUAUUCACCGUACCAGUCACACGCUGCAGCUGCUUAUAGAGUACGACCCGGUGAGGCAGCGUUUAGACCGGCUCAGACUGGGAUCACCCAGGAACCGGCUUGGAGUCCCAGCCACCUCCCGCAUGCGUCUGUCCUCACCUUCUGAUGCGGUGCUGGAGAGAACAGAUGUGGUUGAUGACGGCACAUUGAAAAGGAGGUCUUUGAGGCGCAGUAACAGCAUAUGUAAGUCACCGGGACCAAACUCUCCUAAAGAUCAGACUUUCAUUUCACGAGACAUCGGUCGCUCUGAAUCCCUGAGAUCCUCCAGCAGCUGCUCUCAUCGCAUUUUCCGACCAUGUGACCUCAUACACGGAGAAAUCUUAGGAAAAGGCUUUUUUGGACAAGCCAUCAAGGUGACUCAUAAAGCCACAGGAGAGGUGAUGGUGAUGAAGGAGCUGAUCCGAUGCGAUGAGGAGACUCAGAAAACUUUCCUAAAGGAGGUCAAAGUAAUGCGAAGCCUCGAUCAUCCCCACGUUCUGAAGUUUAUCGGUGUGCUGUACAAAGACAAGAGGCUUAAUUUGAUAACGGAAUUUAUUGAGGGAGGCACCCUGAAGGAUUUCAUCAGAGACAUGGACCCGUUUCCAUGGGAGCAAAGAGUAAGCUUUGCAAAGAGCAUCGCUUCUGGCAUGGCCUACCUUCACUCAAUGAGCAUCAUUCACAGAGACCUCAAUUCCCACAACUGCCUGGUUAAACUGGACAACACUGUAGUCGUUGCUGACUUUGGACUCUCCCGACUCGUAGUAGAGGAGAAAGUUAAACCUACACCUGAAAAACCUUCCGCUAAGAAGAGGGUGUUCAGACGUAUUGACCGAAAGAAGCGGUACACUGUUGUGGGAAACCCUUACUGGAUGGCUCCAGAGAUGCUAAACGGUAAACGCUACGAUGAGAAGGUGGACAUCUUCUCCUUUGGAAUUGUACUUUGUGAGAUCAUUGGAAAAGUCUAUGCGGACCCUGAGUGCCUCCCUAGGACUCUGGACUUCGGCCUAAAUGUUGGCAAGUUUGUGGAGAAGUUCCUCCCAGAAGACUGUCCACCAGCUUUCUUUCCCCUGGCUGUGGCCUGCUGCGACCUCAUACCAGACAACCGUCCACCUUUCCAGAAGUUGGAGGACUGGUUUGGAGCUCUUUCCCUCAACCAGGAGCUGGGAAUCCCUCUGCCAGCCGAACUGGAUGAGCUGCACCAGAGUCUGAGUCGACUCCACUGGCCUAAAGACAGCUCUCCAUCGCAGGGCAGCACUGAUCAGUCAUUCACCCCAACGGCAGCCUCCCCAGACUGCUCCAGCAUGACAGACAAUGGCACCUAGGGCUGAGUCUUUCUGGAUCUGUAAUUUACUCUGUGACGCCUCUGAACUGCUGCACUAAUACUGUGGAUGAGAAAAAGAGGAAAAUCGUAUUGAACCCGAGCCAUAUUAGAACUGGAUAACCUGAGGUAGCUGGACCAGCCUCGCUGUGUGAGACCUUUAACUCUGUGAGCGCCAGUGAACUGCAACAAGAGUGGAACAUUUCAAAACUACAAGUGUUAGUUACUAAUUUUUCUUACUCUAUUAAGCCCCGUGCUCACCACACUUAAUGUUUACUGUGUAUAAAGACACAAACCCAACUUUCUGUGACAGAGGAGGAGUAUGUUUAUAAGGUGGAAGACUUUGCGUCCUCAUGUGACUACAGUUUUGUUUUUCUGGCUGUGAAGCUGUUGUUUGCUGUGUGUGGAAUGCACAGAUGAGUCCUUGCCCAAAACAGGAGCCACUUGACAUCAGCAGCAAAGAAAACAAAUAUCCUUGGCAGUGUGGCUGAUUGACAUGACUAAGUAAACAAGAAGGCAGGGCGUGAAGAAAACAGGUGUGACUUAAGGCAGCAGUGGAAGCAGAAAAACACUCUGACCCCGAAUAGUUUCAUCACAUUGAGAUUAGGCACGAGAUGGUGAAGGAGCUUUGUUUCUCUCAUGCUCUACUGAUCUCAUUCUUGAUGAGUAUAGUUCUGUACUUUGUAGUUGAAAGAUUUUAAUAAAUAAACUCCAUUUAGUUAUUUUUUCUUUUAGACACAAAAGCAGGACAAAAGCUCUUUAGAAAUGUCUGACCUUUAUUAAUAAUCGUCAGACACACGAGCUGAUCGUUAAAACUUACUUUGUACAGGACUGGACUUUUUUUUCUUCAGCAAUGUAUAUAAAUAUGUACAUAUUAUACUUCUAAUUGGAUUUUGUUUUCUAAUGGGAACUCUAGAUUUGUAGACAUUCUUGAACAAUGGACGUUUUUGCCGUUUUACUCUCAUCAUGCAAGGUACUGACGACCAGUUGUAACCACUAUUAUUUAUAUCACUGUAGUGUUUCAUAAAUAAACCAUUUGAAAGUUA